CCCCGGGCCAGAUCACGUAGCCACGGCGCCCCGAGAGCCAACGUGGCCCUUCGCGCGCCCCAGCCAUGGUCGGACGCGGCGCCUCUCUGUGCGUGGCGCAGCCCGCGGUGGCUGAGUGCGGCCCGACCCGAGAACCGCAGCCGCUGCUUGAGGUGUCCCCGCGCAAAAGGCUGCCCGCCGGGCCCGAGCAAGACCUGUGUGGCAGCCGUCCUGCGCCCGAGGGAGCGGGAGCCGGCGCGGAGCAGGGCCACUCGUCCAGUGGGGGCGGCUGGUGCCGCCACUGCCACACGAAGCUCGUGGAGCUCAAACGACAGGCGUGGAAGCUGGUCAGCGGACCCGGGACGUCCCUCCGGGAUCCUUGCCUCUCCGCUUUGCUUCUGGACAAGCUACCGGCAUCUGGGGUGCAGCCUGCGUGCCAUCCAGAGGCUGAGAGUCGCUGUGAUGUCUGCACCACACACCUGCACCAGCUCACACGGGAAGCCCUGCGUCUGCUGCAGACCCCUGCCAGUCAUGAGGACCCUGAUUGCCCUCGGGGAGGCCUCCUGCCCCCAAACCUUAGGGAGGCACCUGGACCAGCAGGCCCCUCGGGGAGGCAGCCCUCAGCAGGGCCUGACAGGGGGAAGACACCAGCCUGGCCUCCGGGGCCCAGCGUCCAGGUGUCCGUGGCUCCAGCAGGCCUCGGGGGUGCUCUGAGCACUGUCACCAUCCAAGCACAGCAGUGCCUGGAGGGCGUGUGGAGCCUCUCCAGAGUCAAUAGCUUCCUGCCGCCCACCUGCCUGGCUGAGGCAGCAGUGGCUGCUGUGGCUGUAGCUGACACAGUCCGAGACUGCGCCCCCAUGGCUGCCACUGAUGGUGUGUCCAAGGCAUGGGGUCGUGGGGCAGCCUGUACGUCUGCCCUGGUCACCCCAGCCCCAGGCUCCUCGGCAGGGGGCUCCACAGGUACUUCGGCUGCAGUUUCCUUCUUUAUAAGGGCUGCCCAGAAGCUCAGCCUGGCCUCUAAGCGCAAGAAACAUCACCCUCCACCUGCACCCACCACCCGCAGCACCUCCACCUAUCCCACCGACUUCAGUGGCAUCCUGAAGCUGUGGCCACCCCCGGUACCCCCUUGCCUGCUCAGGGCUGCCUCCAAGGCCAAGGACAACCCCAGCAGCUUUGGAAAGGUGAAGGUCAUGCUUCGCAUCUGGCCAUCGCAGGGAGCCCAGCGCUCAGAGUCCACGUCCUUUCUGAAGGUGGACCCUCGCAAGAAGCAGGUGACCCUCUACGACCCAGCUGCCGGGCCUCCAGGCUGUGGGGGCCUCCGGCAUGCUGCCACUACACCUGUCCCCAAGAUGUUUGCUUUCGAUGCCAUCUUCCCCCAGGAUUCGGAGCAGGCUGAGGUCUGCUCAGGGACCGUGGCUGAUGUGCUCCAGUCAGUGGUUGGUGGGGCUGACGGCUGCAUUUUCUCCUUCGGCCACAUAAGCCUUGGCAAGUCCUAUACCAUGAUUGGGAAGGACACCUCCCCCCGGAGCCUGGGUGUCGUGCCCUGCGCCAUCUCCUGGCUCUUCAGGCUCAUCGAUGAGCGUAAGGAGCGGACAGGCACACGCUUCUCCAUCCGUGUGUCUGCCGUGGAAGUGUGCGGCCGUGACCAGAGUCUUCGGGAUCUGCUUGCUGAGGUGGCCUCAGGCAGCCUGCAGGACACCCAGUCCCCAGGCGUGUACCUUCGGGAGGACCCCGUGUAUGGGGCGCAGCUCCAGAACCACAGUGAGCUGCGGGCACCCACGGCAGAGAAGGCAGCCUUCUACUUGGACGCAGCCCUGGCUGCGCGCAGCACCAGCCGCAUGGGCUGUGGGGAGGACGCGCGGCGCAGCUCCCACAUGCUCUUCACACUGCACGUCUACCAGUACCGUGUGGAGAAAGGUGGCCAGGGAGGAAUGUCUGGAGGCCGCAGCCGUCUGCACCUCAUUGACCUGGGCAGCUGUGAGGCAGCAUCCAGCAAGGGUGGUGAGGCCACCGGGGGACCCUUGUGUCUGUCUCUGUCGGCUCUGGGCAGUGUCAUCCUGGCGCUGAUCAACGGGGCCAAGCAUGUGCCCUAUAGGGACCACAGGCUAACCAUGCUGUUGCGGGAGUCCCUGGCCACUGCCAGCUGCCGCACCACCAUGAUUGCACAUGUCUCAGAUGCACCUGCCCACCAUGCAGAGACGCUCAGCACUGUGCAGCUGGCUGCCCGCAUCCACCGCCUUCGCAGGAAGAAGACCAAGUAUGCAUCCAGCUCCUCUGGUGGGGAGAGCUCCUGUGAGGAGGGCCAGGCUCGCCGACCCCCACACCUGCGAUCCUUCCACUCACGCGCUGUGGCCCUGGACCCCACGCGUUCGGCUCCUGGCCUGCCUGGCGACCCCGACUACUCAUCCAGCAGUGAGCAGUCUUGCGACACGGUCAUCUACGUAGGUCCUGGAGGGGCAGCGCUGUCUGACCGUGAGCUCACUGACAACGAGGGCCCCCCCGACUUUGUGCCCAUUAUCCCUGCGCUGAGCCGCCGCCGGUCCUCUGAGGGCCCCCGCGAUGCUGACCACUUCCGCUGCAGCACAUUUGCGGAGCUGCAGGAGCGCCUGGAGUGCAUCGAUGGCAGCGAGGGGUCCCCUGGACUGCCAGGUGGCUCUGAUGGAGCUCAGGCCAGCCCUGCCCGAGGGGGCAAGAAGCCCUUGCUACCUGAGGCUGCAUCUCCCAGGAAGGCCGUGGCUUCCCCAGGGGUCACCAGCACUCCUCGUGAUAGCCCUGGACAAGACCCUUACCGGAGUACCCUUGAGCCCUCCAAGCCUGGCAUCCAGGGUGACCAGAAAAUAGAUGGUAGCCGGCCUGAAGCACCAACUCCAGACAAGACUGGGGGGAGUGGAAGCAGGAGGACUCUGCCCAGCCCAGCCCCUCCACCAUGUUGGCAGCCAGAAGCUCCAGGCGCCCCUGUAGAACCUGGGGGAGGGUCCUCUGACAGUGUGGUACGGACACCACCCGUGGGCAUGAGUGGGCAGGUGGCACAGUCACUGCUGCUCCAGGACACUGGUUGUCCUUGUCCAUCUAUUCAUGGCCGCCGUCUGGAGCGGGGUCUGCUGACCACCACCGUGACCCUGCAGCAGCCUGUGGAGCUGAAUGGCGAGGAUGAACUGGUGUUUACAGUGGUAGAGGAACUGCCUCUAGGGGGCCUGUCAGGCACCCCACGGCCCUCCAGCCUGGCCAGCUUGGGCAGUGACUGCUCCCUUCAGGCCCUGGCCUCAGGCUCCAGGCCUGUCAGCAUCAUAAGCAGCAUCAAUGACGAGUUUGACGCCUAUACUGCUCAGGUCCCUGAGGACACAGGUGGCCCCGGGGAGCCUCUGGAAGGGGUGGCCUGGGCUGGUGGCAGUCCUGCCUCAUCCAUUGGCUCCUGGCUGAGUGAGGUUGGCAUCUGCACAGGUGACAGUGGUGGCCCCACACCGCAGCUUCUCUUCAGCCCUGACUCAGCAGCAGGGCCCGGUCCCCCGGAGCGCCCCGCCCCAGGCAGCUGCUCCCCGGAGUACAGCAGCCUCAGGUCCUUGGAACCCAGCAGACCUGACAGUCCUGGCUUGGCCCGGGGCCCUUGCCCCAGGGAGGCAGUCGUCAUGGCCUCGGCCCGACCCAUCAGAGAUCCGUGGGCUGGGUCCCCACAGGAGACAGCCUCGGCCCAGACCAUCCACUCCAGCCUUCCCCGGAAAUCCAGGACUACCUCAGCAGCCAGCCGCACUGCCUGUGCUCGACCCAGCCAGGGCCCAUGCAGCCCCAGAGGCUUGUUUGAGGAUCCCUGGUUGCUCCGUGCAGAGCACUGUGAUAUACCCCAGGUGGUCUCUGCAGGCAGGGCCCCUAGCCCAAGCCCAGGUUCUCCCCGGUUGCCUGAGGCUCAGAUGGUGCUUGCUUGUUCCCAGAGAAUGGUGGGUGGAUGUGAGGUGUCAGCCAGGGGAGUCCGCAGGCCCGAGGCUGUGGCCCGCAUCCCACCACUGAGGAGGGGAGCCACCACCCUGGGGGUGACUACACCUGCUGCCUCCUGCAGGGACACUCUAGCUGAGGCAGCUGUCUGCUCAGGCAGCCUAAAGGCUACCUCCAAUGUGAAGAAGAGCGUGGCUUCCAAGGGGGCCUUUUUGCCAAGGCCCAGCGGGGCCUCACCCCCAGCCCCACCUGUGCGCAAGUCCAGCCUGGAGCAGAGUGGUCUGGCCUUGGCCCCUACCCAGGCCCUGGGGUUGACCCGAGCAGGGCCUGCUGCUGUCUUCCGAGGGGAGGAGGAGGCUAGGCCCAGUGGCCGGGCUGACCACUCUGUGCCCAAGGCCACAUCUAGCCUGAAGGCCCGGCCUGGCAAGAUGGAGGUGGCACACCGUCCCCUGGGCCACAUGUCCCUGGAGCGGUAUGAGGGCCUGGCACAUGGUGGUAGCAAGGUCAAGGAAGCUCCAGGGAGAGCACCCCGGGCUGUACCCAGGUUGGGUGUGCCACCUGUCAGUCCCACACCUGGGCCAACUCCUGCCUGUAGGGGCAGCCCUGCGAAGGGUGUGGGCGCUUCCAAGCCCCCAGCCGGUGGGGCUAAGGGCCGCAGCCCAGGGGCCGGUGCGUCUCGAGCUCUGGGUACUUCGGUAAAGCCACUUGCCCCUGUGGCAGGCAGGAACACUGGCAGUUCUGUGACGGGUCCCAGGACAGCCCCAAGGGCUGUGCCCAUGCCUGUGCCUGGAGUUGGGGCUAAGACUGGCCGGGGCACCAUUAUGGGCACCAAGCAGGCUCUCCGGGCUGCCCACAGCCGUGUCCAUGAGCUGGCCGCCAGUGGAUCUCCCAGCAGAGGUGGCUCCUCUUGGGGCUCGGCUGACUCGGACAGUGGCAAUGAUAGUGGUGUGAAUGUGACCGAGGAGCGGCCGCCUGUGAGCCCUCCGCUGCCCUCCCCCUACAGUAAAGUGACGGCACCACGAAGACCCCAGCGCUACAGCAGUGGGCAUGGCAGUGACAACAGCAGUGUGCUGAGCGGGGAGCUCCCACCCGCCAUGGGCCGCACGGCGCUCUUCUACCACAGUGGAGGUAGCAGUGGCUACGAGAGCAUGAUUCGCGACAGUGAGGCCACAGGCAGCGCCUCCUCAGCUCCCGACUCCAUGAGUGAAAGCGGGGCUGCCUCCCCAGGCUCCCGCUCUCGCAGCCUCAAGUCCCCAAAGAAGAGGGCUACAGGUUUGCAGCGGCGACGGCUGAUCCCGGCCCCACUGCCUGAUGCCACUGCCCUGGCCCGCAAGCCCAGCCUCCCUGGGCAGUGGGUGGACCUGCCCCCACCCCUGGCCAGCUCUCUGAAGGAACCAUUUGAGAUUAAGGUGUACGAGAUCGAUGAUGUGGAACGUCUGCAGCGGCACCGCCUGCCCUUGCGAGAGGACCCAGCCCAGCCCUCCCAGGACAUGGAGAAGGGCCUGCUGUGCAUUAACUCAAAGCUGCGGCUGGUGGAGCGCAGGCAGCAGCGGCUGCGGGAGGUGCAGGCCAAGCGUGACCAGCUCUGUGAGGAGCUGGCUGAGACCCAGGGUCGGCUGAUGGUAGAGCCCGGGCGCUGGCUGGAGCAAUUCGAGGUGGACCCAGAGCUGGAGCCUGAGUCGGCCGAGUACCUGGUAGCCCUGGAGCGAGCCACAGCUGCCCUGGAGCAGUGUGUGAACUUGUGCAAGGCUCGUGUCAUGAUGGUCACCUGCUUCGACAUCGGCAUUGCAGCCGCCGCUGCUGUGCCAGGGCCACAGGAGGUGGAUGUCUAAGGCUGGGCACUGGGCAUGGGAGGGGACAUGCAGAGGUUGGGUAGGGGGUGUGAGGACAGGAUGUGGACAGAGAGAGGAUGUGGAGGGGGUUGGGGCGUUGAGGACACAGAAGGAGGUCUGUGCAGGACUGUGGGUCUCAGAGAAGAGGUGGAGCAUGGGGAAGGGGAGGGCCGCUGGCCGUGAACAGAGCAAGUGAGUGCAUGAAAGACUUGCCACCCAGACAGCCACGCAAGUGCCUUUAAUCUUGAGUAGGCCUUUUCUCCUUGUUAAUUUUGGUGCUACAAAGUUCAGAUACCAGCAGACAGCUGUGGCCACUGUGGCCAGGCUGAAGCCAGUUUCUUUGUUUCUGAUUUCGCCUUCCUUAUAGCCAAGCAGUUUUGUGUAGCAGGGCAGACCUGUGCCACCAGCUCUCGUAGGAUUGGGGCUAUUUUUUUCUCUCCAGAGCAUUCUCUCAGCACUAGUGGUCUCCGGACUCCGCUCUCUGCAGCAGUAGGGUCCUCUGAGUGGGAAUAACCAGACCCAAGUCCUUCUUUUCCUCUAAGGAAUCCCACUGUUCUUAAGACACCAGGGGCCACAAGAGAGGGCUGGGCCAUGAGCACAUGAGGCCUUCUCUUCCACGGCAGGAAUUCUUACCAAAACCACAGGAAGAAAAAAAGAAAGAAAAAGAAAAAAAUGCAAAUAAAGUAUAAAACACAUACCACGGCCAACAAGGAUGGGGUGUGGGUUUUGUAAAACUUCUGUUAGUUUCAUAUUUUUGUAUCAUUUUGCCUAUAAACAUGGAAUUUGCAGUGGGAACUUGAAGACAAACCGUCUACGUUUUUAUGGUUUUCUAUGGAAGGUGUUCCUAGAAUUGGGCUCUUGGCAGCUGUGGGAGGCAGGCUCUUUCUGGGGUGGUACCCUGGGCAGUGUGGGGGCUCCUUGGGAAGCAUAUAUUUUCAAAUGCAGACCAGGGGCGAGCCUGCCAGCCUAUGAUGUGGCCCGCACGCGGGUUCGUGCUUUCUGAUCAUUGUGCAUUUUCUAGAUGUCCAGUCCUUUGUACAAACGUGUAGAUAACAUCUUGCUACAGUUUUUAUUUGUGAAUAAAAAAUGUAUUGAUUGUU